CUCGAUUCUAUCAUCAGUACAACAUCUAUACAAUCAUAUCUCAGCUACAACAUCCUCAUUCAAUUCAAUCAAUCCCACUUCCUAUCUACCACACCAAAAUGUCCCCCACCAACACCGCCGCCUGGAUCCAAUCCGAAAAAGCACACCCCCUCACCAUCUCCCCGGCCCCCUACCCCCAAGCCGGCAACAACGAACUCAUCAUCAGAAACCACGCCAUCGGACUCAACCUCGUCGACUACGCCCGUCAAGACCUGGGCACCGCCCUCUUCCCCUGGACCAACUACCCCACGAUCCUGGGCAGCGACGUCGCCGGCGAAGUAGUGGAAGUCGGGCCCGGUCCUCACUCCUCGCGCUUCCGCCCCGGAGACCGUGUACUAGGCCUGACGAACGAACUGAAAAGCAACCGGUCCGCUGAAGGCGCGUUCCAGACCUAUGUUGUUCUGCAAGCUCAUAUGACGUCGCACAUCCCGGCGGAUCUCUCCUACGCUGAUGCGGCUGGGAUUCCUCUGGGGAUUUCGACUGCCGCGUGUGGUCUUUUUCAGAAGGAGUAUCUCGCGCUCCAGCAUCCGAGAGCUCCCCGCGCGGAGUCAACAUCGCAGACUGUGCUCAUCUGGAGUGGUUCGUCGAGUGUGGGUAGUAACGCAAUCCAACUUGCCGUGGCGGCGGGAUAUGAAGUGAUUACCACUGCGUCACCGAAGAACUAUGACUUUGUGAAAUCGCUCGGUGCGAGUCUCGUCUUUGACUAUGCAUCCGAGACAGUAGUCGAGGACAUCAUCGCCGCAUUCACGGGGAAGAUCGGUGCGGGCGCGUUAGCGAUUGGACCGGACUCGCCGAGAUUAUGUGCGGAGAUUGUGGCCCGGGUGGAGGGGAGGAAGUUCGUGGCGUUGGUGAGUCCGGCGACGGGACCGUUGCAGGAGGGGGUCGACUCGAAGUUUGUUUUUGGGAGUGAUUUGGUGGAGAAUGAGGUUGGGGAGGCGGUGUUUGUGAACUUCCUGCCCGAGGCGUUGCGGAGGGGCGAGUUUGUGAGUGCGCCGAAGACGGAGGUCAUGGGGAGGGGGUUGGAGGAUGUGCAGGGGGCGUUGGAGGUGUUGAAGAGGGGAGUGUCGGCGAGGAAGUUGGUGGUGGAGUUGUGAGGGUGAAUAGGGGUGUUGUGUAUAUUAUGAAUAUUUUAUUUUGUGCCGCUUUAUGUUUGGUUGGUUUGAUGUAGUAGAGG